AUGCGCCCGUCUUUGUUGAGGCUUGCAUCAGCCGCCAACACCCAGCGCGGUCUGAAGCCAAACCCCAUGGCCCUUCUUCCUCCUAUUCCCUUGUAUCGACGACUCCUCCGUGCUCAUCGCAAGUACCUGCCUGCUGAAAUGAGACUGCUCGGAGACGAGUACAUCAAGGCUGAGUUCAGGGCGCAUAGGAAGGUUGAUAACCCAGCUCAUCUGAUCGGAUUCUUGACUGAGUGGCAGAUGUAUGCUCAAAAGAUUGAGGGUGACCAGUGGGUAGGUGACAAGCUGGAUGAGCAGAAGCUCUCAAAAAUGAGUGAUGAACAAAUACAUCAAUUAUAUGAGUUGAUGCAGGCCAUUCAAAACAGGGACAAGGAGGGUGGCGAGCAGGAAUCAUAG